AUCCAAAUUUAACAUUAUCAAGUAAUCAAUUAAGUGCAAGAAAAAAAAAAGGAAGAAAGCAAAAGCUACCGAAAUGGCAAAGACCCUCAAUACCAUGUGCUUCACCACUCUUUUGCUCGUUGUCUUGUUAAUUUCCACCGAAAUCUCGAAGAGCGAGGCGAACUCGAACUGUAAUCAGUUUUUAGGCGAAGCCCCAGUGCAUCCAUGUAAGGAAAGAGCUUGUAAGAAAGUAUGUAGGGAACAUUACUACAACUCGUGUAAAGGAGAGUGUGAGAAGCAUGACUAUGAAGAGCAUUGCCACUGCUACGGAAAGUACUGAAAACCACAUAAAAAUAAAACCUUGCGAAUGGAAAAAAACAAAUAAGAUCUUAUAUAUUUAUAAUGUAAGUGUGGUAUGUUCGAUAUAGUAAGGGAUAUAUCAUAUAUGUUCAAGCUGUUUGCUAUAAAUAAAAUGAAGAAUAUUGAUCUUCUAAGUUUAUAAUAAGAUAGAUGUCAAAAAAAGUUUAUAAUAAAAUCAUGUUGUAUGCUGUUUCGUAUUAAUAAUAAACUAUACUUUUG